AUGGCGAACAACGGUGUGCUCCCCGAUGAGCCUCACAAGUCCUUUGAUACUAUUCUGACAUUGGAUUUUGGUUCCCAAUACACUCACCUCAUUACACGACGCUUGCGUGAACUCAAUGUCUACUCUGAGAUGCUACCGUGCACUCAGAAGAUAGAAGAUCUUUCCUGGAAACCAAAAGGCAUUAUCUUGUCCGGUGGUCCCUAUUCUGUCUACGACGAUGAUGCACCGCACGUCGACCCAGCCAUAUUCGAACUAGGAGUCCCUAUACUUGGAAUAUGUUAUGGUUUACAGGAGAUAGCAUGGCAUAACGGCAAGAAUGUGGUUGCAGGAACAGAGAGAGAAUUUGGCCAUUCCGAAUUGAAAGCAAAGAGGUUCGACGGUCACGUAGACUUGUUAUUUAAGGAUUUGGAGGAUGAUCUCAAGGUCUGGAUGUCUCACGGCGACAAGCUGGCAGCGCUUCCUCCUUCCUUCCACAUUAUUGCGACUACGAAAAACGCCCCGUUUGCAGGUAUUGCGCACGAAACUAAGCCAGUAUAUGGAAUUCAAUUCCACCCAGAGGUUACUCAUACACCCCGAGGAAUCAAGUUGCUGGAAAACUUUGCGGUUGGAAUAUGCAAGGCAAAGCAAGACUGGACCAUGGACAAGUUUGUGGACAAGGAACUUGCUAGGAUUCGAGCGUUGGUGGGAGAGAAAGGACAAGUCUUGGGAGCUGUUAGUGGAGGUGUUGAUUCCACAGUCGCGGCCAAACUUAUGCACGAGGCCAUUGGAGACCGGUUCCAUGCUGUCCUCGUCGACAACGGCUGCAUGCGCCUCAACGAGUGCGAGCAAGUCAAGAAGACCUUGACUGAACACUUGGGUAUCAACCUUACCGUGGUCGACGCUUCAGACCUCUUCCUGGACGGUCUCAAAGGCAUUACGGACAACCCUGAAGCCAAACGCAAAUUCAUCGGAGGCACCUUCAUCGAUGUAUUUGAAGCCGAGGCACUUAAGAUUGAAAAAGCAGCCGCAGACUCGCCUAAAGCCGGAAAGAUCGAGUUCUUCUUGCAAGGAACUCUCUACCCAGAUGUAAUUGAAAGCAUCUCCUUCAAAGGUCCGUCGCAAACCAUCAAGACCCACCACAACGUCGGAGGUCUUCCGGAACGAAUGAUGAACGGCCAAGGUCUCAAACUCAUCGAGCCCCUUCGCGAACUCUUCAAAGACGAAGUUCGUGAAAUGGGCCGCAAGCUCGGUAUCCCCCACGAUUUGAUAAUGCGCCACCCAUUCCCCGGCCCCGGCAUCGCCAUCCGCGUCCUAGGAGAAGUAACACGGGAACAAGUCGCCAUCGCCAGAAAGGCAGAUUACAUCUUCAUCGAAGAGAUCAAAGCCGCAGGCCUGUACGAUCAAAUCAGCCAGGCAUUCGCCGCCUUGUUGCCGGUGAAGGCAGUGGGUGUCAUGGGUGAUAAGCGUGUGCAUCAGCAGGUGAUUUCGUUACGGGCCGUCCAAACCACCGAUUUCAUGACGGCGAAUAUCUUCAGAUUCGACUGGGAUUUCCUCGAGCGCGUUUCCACGCGCAUCGUGAACGAGGUUGAUGGCAUCUGUCGCGUUGAGUAUGACUUGACCAGCAAACCCCCCGGUACCAUUGAAAUGGAGUAA